CGCCCCACGGCUCAGAUGUCGGUCUCUAACAGCCAGAACACCUCCUCCUCGUGUAAAGUUAGAUCUCCUCUGGAUCUUAAAAUCGCAGCGAUUGGUCGCGGUGCGAGUGGAAGCCCGAGGGAAACGCUGCACUGCAACAGUCUGCUCUCGUUUCCCGAGGUACGCGCGGUUAAUUCGGGGGCACGGAUGAUUGGAGCGGACAUUUUUAGCAGCGAAGCCGCGGGCGCGGGGAGUUGCGGAGCAGCGCUGCAGUGGGCACCUGACGAACGAGCGCCGCUUCCCUCGGCCCCAGCCCCGCGGAUCCGCGCCCCCCGCCCGCGCUAUCCCCGCCCGGCCCGGCCCGGCCCCGCGAGGCGGCCCCCAGCCGGCAGCCGGCGGCGGGGGAGGAGCGGAGCUGAGCUGAACGGAGCGCGGCUACGCGACGCGGCCUCGCCGCCGGCUCCUGGCAGGGCAGUCCCGGUCCUCUCCCGCCGCCCCGCGGCAUGCUCGCCCGGCCCGGCCGGCGGGAAGAUGGGUGGGCGCCUCCUGGGCUGCGUCGUGCUUCUGUGGCUCGCAGCUGAGGUGGAAGGACUGCAAGUCACUGUCCCUGAGAAGAAGAAGGUGGCCAUGUUGUUUCAGCCUGCUCUGCUUCGCUGCCAUUUCUCUACUUCUUCCACCCAACCAGCUGUGGUACAGUGGAGGUAUAAAUCUUACUGCCAAGACCGGAUGGGAGAAGCACUGGGUAUGGUAACUUCUGGUUUACAAACAAUGAGCAAGAGGAACCUGGACUGGGAUCCCUACCUGGACUGUGUGGACAGCAGAAGGACGGUCCGUGUCGUGGCCUCCAAGCAAGGAUCUGCCGUCACUAUAGGGGACUUCUAUAAGGAAAGAGACGUCAGCAUUGUCCAUGAUGCAGACCUUCAGAUUGGGAAGCUGAUGUGGGGAGACAGUGGGCUCUAUUACUGCAUUAUUAUCACACCAGAUGAUGUGGAGGGCAAGAGUGAAGAAUCAGUGGAACUGCUUGUACUUGGCAGGACAGGGCUGCUUGCUGAUCUCUUGCCCAGUUUUGCUGUGGAGAUUAUGCCAGAGUGGGUCUUUGUGGGCCUGGUGAUCCUGGGAGCAUUCCUGUUCUUCCUCCUGGUGGGGAUCUGCUGGUGCCAGUGCUGCCCGCACAGCUGCUGCUGUUACGUCCGCUGCCCCUGCUGCCCCGAGUCCUGCUGCUGUCCCCGGGCAUUGUAUGUUGCGGGCAAGGCAGCAAAAGCAGGGUACCCUCCUGUGGUUUCCUCCAUCCCAGGUCCAUACUACAUCCCCAGUGUUCCUGUAGCUGGUGUCCCGUCUCCUGCUGUGCUGAUGGAUAAGUCACACCCACCUCCCUUGGCCCCGAGUGACACAGGCGGAGGAAACCAAAAUGUGCGCAAAGGGUACAGGAUCCAGACUGACAAGGACAGGGACUCCAUGAAGGUGCUGUACUACGUCGAGAAAGAACUGGCUCAGUUUGACCCAGCGAGGAGGAUGCGAGAGCGAUAUAACAACACUGUCUCUGAGCUCAGCUCUUUACAUGAGGAUGAUUUGAACUUCAGGCAGCCCUACCGCCAGGCACGGAGGAAACCUCUGCCUCCUGCAGAAGACCUGGAUGGUGAUGCUGAGUACUGGGCAGGAGUCAUGGGUGGGGGCAGCACAUCGAGAUCACAGGCGAUCUCUGAUUACAGAGAUGAGAGGGACAGUUUCCGGCACAGCCAGCAGAGAUCCAAGUCCGAGAUGUUGUCCCGCAAGAGUUUCUCUGUGGGAGUUCCAGCCGUCUCUAUGGACGAGCUGGCAGCCUUUGCAGAGUCCUACAGCCAGCGGGCCCGGCGGGCAGACAGCCAGGAGACUCGGCGUUUCGAGCGGUCAGAGUCCCGCAGUGGCCGUGGUGGAGGGCUGACCCAUCAGGAUAGCUCCAUGGAGGAGUACUACACCAAGCGCAGCAGAGGGAACCGAGAGCCACUGACAGACUCGGACCGGGGCUGGUCGUACAGCCCACCCCGGAGACGGGCCCACGAGGAGAAGCACCUGCCCAGGCUGGUGAGCCGGACACCCGGAGGGAGCCAGAAGUAUGAUCACUCCUACCUCAGCAGCGUCUUGGAGAGAAAGUCCCGGAGCUAUGAUGAAAGCGGUGACCCUUGUGAAACCCCCUCAAAGCUGAGCUCACAGCCCAGCCAGAGAGGAGGGGGAACAUAUUAUGCCUGGUCACCACCUUCUACCUACAAAUCUGAUACGUCUCAGCAGCAGCAGACACCGCCACCUGAGCAGGAGGAAGGGGAGGACACCCUGCCUCCCUACAGCGAGAGGGAGCUGAGCCGAGGCCCUUCGUACCGGGCCAGAGAGCAGGCCUACCUCAAUGCCUCCGACAAGAAGAGGAAAAAGGAUCCCAAGAAAACAAACGAUUUCCCAACAAGAAUGUCCCUCGUGGUUUGAAGUCACUGUGGAUGUGUCAUGCCAGUGGGCUGGAUACCAUGACGUGGUCUCAGUGGAAAAGAUGCAGAGCAACAAGCAAACUGGGCCUCAGUGAACCUUUGCAGCCACCGGCCGGGGACUCUUUGUUCAAAAAUUGUUUGUUUCAUUGGGGCAGCAGACUUCCCAUAAACAGCACCCAAUCUCAGAGGCUUUGGAAGUCUGCCAGGAGAAUGAGGCCAGGGCUCUCUUCGGCACCCUCCAUUCUGCACUGGAAGGCAGCCAUGUCCUUACAACUUCUGCAGCCCUGAACUAGGAGCAAGGCUGCCUUUGUGCCUCUUUCCCUAUCUCACGUGCAGAAAGAGGCCUGUGUGCAUACCUCAUGCUCCCUCCGUCUCCUCUGUUCACUGGAUCAAAAUUGUCUCCAUGCUUAGAGUCUACUUUGUAUCAUCCCCACGCUGGGAGGAGGCCUUGUUCUUACAGCUGCAGACUGCCUCCAAGACUCUAAAUUAUGAAAGAAAAUCUACAUCCUUUCAGACACCACAGAGCAGGACUGAUGAGGUGUUUCUUUGCAAGGGCUGAACAGAGAGAGAGAGACAAGUAUGGGCUGGUUUGUUCAAUAUAUUUAGUUAUGUUCAUUGUGUGCUGAGAGUUGCAAGUGAGAUUGAUGUAUUGUUUUGAAAGUGGAUCACAGUAGCUUUUCUUGUGAUGAGAGCAUGAUGUGUUUUUCCCCCCUAUCCCCAACUGUGAUUUGUUUUGAUAAAGUUGCGUUUUCUUGCAGCUGAGCUAUGACCCUUUAGAGCUUUAAGCUAGAAAUAUCUACUCCACCAUAUAAUAAGCAGUGCUCUAACUUUGCUGGUGUUCUGCUCCCAGCACCCCCAGACUUAGUGGCCUUUUUCUUUUAAAGAAGCAAAAGGGAAAAAGACGCAGUGAGAAGGCUGCAGGUCUUUGUUCUAUGAUACUGGAAUUGCUCCUUUCUGAUCACUGUUCCCAGGCACUGAACAAAGCAGUGGCAGCAAUGGAAAAAGAAUUAACACUGGGUGAACACAAACCUUGAAAGACCUUUUUCAAUUACAGUCGUUUCUUUCACUACAGUUGUGACAUGAUUUUAGUGGCUGUUGUCUCAGGAACAGCUGAAUUUAGAAGUGAAUGCAUCACAGCAUCUGGAAGCCGACAUUCUGGUUUUUGUGGGGUAAAAUGCAGUCAUUUCUUUAUUUUUUGGCUGCUAAAAUUACAUGAUGAAAGAUAGUGGGAAUAAUUCAGGGUCUGGUAUCUUGAUCACUGUCAGGCCUGGAAACAAGUUCGCACUCUGGUUUGUUAUGGACGUUGUCAGCCUCUGAAAUGUCAUCUCAUAACUCUGGGCAUUUGGUCAUUACCUGGCUUCAAAUUGAUGAGGUGCUCACUCUAGCAAUAUGUUUUUGAACACUGGAUUGAUUGAUUAACAUCACUGCAGUUCUCUGUAAAAAUUGCAGAUUCAUUUCUGUACAACUCCUGUGUGGGAUGAGCUCACCAGAAGUGGUCACGGGAGAGGAAAGAGUAAUCUCCACAGACUCGAUGCUGUUGUAGUUUUUUAUGAUAGAAGAUAAAUGACACGAGGAUGGCUUUCUUUUCCAUGCUCUUCUUCCUGGCCAAGGAAAGAUUAGCGUGCAGGAGCAUAUUAUUACCUGGAUCUGCCUUGCAGUAUGGCUUGAGAAACUAAAUUUUAAGUACAUUUUGAUCUUAUCAUUAAUGUAUGUUCCUAGGAAAAUCACAGCAGUUAACAGAAGGCUGGCGGGUGGUUUCCAUCUGAGCUCUCCAAGGUCUUGAGAGGUCCAUUAUUACUCCACAUGCCAUUUAAAAUUAAACAUCUCACCCCUGACGUAAGAUAACACUGUCAAGCAAAAAAUGUUAAUAUUUGGUUGGUACGAAAAUCUUGGGAGGCCCUAUACCAUGGGUUUUAGGGAAGUUUAACCUGCUGUCCUUCCCAUCAGACAUCCAGCAGACCCAGGAAACAUUUCACCACAUGGAGAUUUGACUGUGCAUCUGCAGCAGUGAUUGUGUCAGAAACGGGCCCGUUAGCAACACGUCUGUAUCAGCACCAAAUGGAUCAUCUGAAAAGUGAGGGCUGAUGUAGAGUUGGGCUUCCAUCUCCAUAGCUGCACAACCCUAAUGACUCUUGGAUAACCAACACAGAGGAGCAGGUAGACAGAAGCUGAUAGGAGUCACUUGUUUCAGAAAAGAGUAAUGGUAGCUUUGUUCCUAUACCAACUUUAAGAGCACCUGCAGGAUGCUGGCAUUGGAAAAUAAUGAGCCUGAUUAUUGCACUUAAUCUGACAGUGAUGGGGUCUCAAAUUAUAAAUUUUCCAGUGAUCAAUUUUUAUUGCUGGCAUAAAGUUUAAAUCCUUUUCAUACAGGAUAUGGAUGUCUGAGUCAUGUUGAUGAUGCAGAUGGUUUUGUGGCCUUCAAAUGAAGCAUCACAACAGUGACUAGCUGAGAAAACAACCAAGAUGAUGAGUGAAUCCUGUAAAAAAUUAUAGGCCCUUAGAGCAACAGCAGGGUCGAGUAUCAGUGCUAAAUCUGGCUGUGCUGUCAAUAGUGUUAUCUAGGCUUUAGAAAAGUCUUGACAUAUGGGAAAGUAAAUACCAAUAGUAACAACUUCUCAGUAAGCUCAUUAUGCCUUUAAAGUAUAUUGUAAAAUUUCCACAGGGUGGGUUUAGUGCAAACAUCCUCAGACCAUUUAUGCUGAAAUGGAAAUUUAACAAAGCCAGCACCUUGAACACUUAAAAACUUGGGAGAAACUCCUACCUGAGACAGAUAGCCAGAAUUAUUCUUUGUGUUGGCAUAGAAUUAUAGAAUACUAUAAUGGUUAAGGGAAUGGUUAAGGGUGGAAGGGACCUUAAAGACCAUCCAGCUCCAACUCCUCUGCCAUGGGCAGGAACACCUCCCAGCAGCUCAGGCUGCCCAGGGCCCAUCCAACCCGGCCUUGAACGCCUCCAGGGAUGGGGCAUCCACAGCUCCUCUGGGCAGCCUGUGCCACUGCCUCACCACUCUGAGUGAAGAAUUCCUCCUAACAUCUAACCUAAAUCUCCCCUCUUUUAGUUUAAAACCAUUCCCUCUUGUUACUAUCGUACCAUGUAAAAAAAAUCAGUCUCCAUCUUUUUAAUAAGCGCCCUUUACGUUCUGAAGGACCACAAUGAGGUCUCCCUGGAGCCUUCUUCAGUCUGAACCAUCUCCCUCUGCCUUCCAUCAUAGGAGAUAGUGCUCCAACCCUCUGAUGAUCUUUUGGCCUCCUCUACAUGCUCCAACAGCUCCGCAUCCUUCUUGUUCUGAGUGCCCCAGGCUUGGAUACAGUACUCCAUAUGGAGCUUCUCAAGGGCACAUCAGAGGAGGACAAUCCCCUCCCUCGCCCUACUGGCCACUCCUCUUCUGGUAAAGCCCAGGGUACCCUUGGCCUUCUGGGCCACGAGUGCACACAGUGCACACAGGUUUUCCUUCAUUGUCCACGAAGCUGUCACUCCAUCACAGAAGACCACCUGAUUGGUCAGGCACGAUCUGCCCUUGGUGAAGCCAUGCUGGCUGUCUCAGCUCACCUCCACAUUUCUCAUGUGCCUUAAAAUAUCUUCCAGGAGGAUCUGUUCUGUGAUCUUCCCAGGCACAGAGUCGGCAGCACACUGAAUCAUAGUUUUAACUCCGGUUUGUGACUCUGAAGGUACCUGCUGAAGAUGGAUCAGCAGGUAAACUGCUUUCUUGACCUUUUUGUUCCAACGAGCCCACUCUGGGUGGGCAAUACUAGUUCACCUGCAACAGAAAUAGACCAGUGGUUUGGCAGCCAGUGAAAGGCUUGUACGUACAACCUCCCUUUAAAUACUGACCUGCAACUGGCCGUAGAAAUUGGUGGGAGGGAGUAGCGAAGAAAGUAUCAGGAUCAGCCAACUUAAGACAGAACUGAUCCUUUGUAGGGAAAAUUCGUUCUCUGAGAAAUUUUUUCAAGGAGUUUUAAGAGAGUUAGCACGUGGAUGCCUCUGUUGGAAUGUGACCAGCCUUCCCCAGUAACGGAGUAGUCUGACAUUGUGCAGAGGAGCUUUUCUCAGCACAAUUUGCCGGUUUACUCCCACAGUCCCAGGUCAUCCUGAGUACUCCAACUGCUACUGUCUCUUUUGGCCGAAGGUCCCUUCCAAAGCUGCUUCUCUGAAGAAACGCAGGGCAGUCACUGGCCUGUACAAAUACAGAUCUCUUGAGCAGGAGCAAUCACAGAACAUUUUACGAGUCAAACAUAGCCACAAAUUUUUAUAGAAUCAUAGAAUCAUGGAAUGGCCUGGGUUGAAAAGAAUCACAAAGAUCACUGAGUUUCAACCCCCCUGCUAUGUGCAGGGUCGCCAACCAGCAGACCAGGCUGCCCAGAGCCACAUCCAGCCUGGCCUUGAAUGCCUCCAGGGAUGGGGCAUCCACAGCCUCCUUGGGCAACCUGUUCCAGUGCGUCACCACCCUCUGGGUGGAAAACUUCCUCCUAAUAUCUAACCUAAACCUCCCCUGUCUCAGUUUAAAACCAUUCCCCCUUGUCCUAUCACUAUCCACCCUCAUAAACAGUCGUUCCCUCUCCUGUUUAUACGCUCCCUUCAGAUAUUGGAAGGCCACAACGAGGUACAUAAAUACAAUGUUUAUCAUGCCUGGACUAUUCAGAAAAUAAAAUACAAUGUCAUUGAGACUGUUCCACUGAGAAAAUGCUCAGAGCUUUAUUUUUUUCCUCCGGGGACCAUUCACAUGAAGCUGCGGGUGAGGUUCUGUUCUGUGUCACUAAGUACAGGUCCGGGACAUGUGGGAGUGAAAGCUGAAGUGGCUUUAACUCAUUUUUUAACUAGGUCCAGGAGCAAACAGACCUUUGGCAUAAGCCAGGUGCUGCAGAACUGACCCUGACUCCUGGAACCUCUGUGGGCAGCACCUCCAUCUGGCUAUAAUGGCGUGUAUGCUUUGUGUAGCAGCUGAGCAGCCAACUGCACAGUCAUCUUCACGUGGGGCUCCUGAAGCCACUGUCUCAUUACCUGGGAGGUCAGAGAAGAGAUCCCUGUACACUACACGAUGCGUCAGCUAUUGUUUUUGAUACCAUCCAAAAAAAUGCCAGCUGAAUUAUCAGCAUCAGAAACAGAAUGAUAUUAGUAACAUUAGGAAUAAAUGGGAGGUAUAUGCCAUGAUUCCCAUGCCAAUUCUCUUGUGACCUUUGUAACUGCUUCUGGACAUUCACCCCUGCCUGUAAAGGGGCCUUUGCCACGAGAGACCAUCACCCCCUCUCCCUGUCUGCCCUUUGCUCUGUGCCAUGCAUGCGAUCACUCUCCGACUGCUCUGCAUGCUCAGCUAUUGGCAGCUGACAUUCAGCCUGGGGGCUUCAGUCAGUUUGGCUGUGGACUGAGUUGCAUUUUGUUAAAAAACAAAAACCUUUUAUUACCCCCUGUAAAAGCACAAAUUACAGGAAGCACAAAACAAAACCCCAAGCCUUCCACUUAUUCUUGAAUGCAAGCAGAGAUGUUACUGGAAUUUAAAUAUUCGAGCCGAAGACAAUUUCAAAACAAGUGGGUAUGGUUUCCAGUCCCAGGGCAGCUGCAGUAAAAGCUCUGAAGAGCAAACAACAAAAGCAAACCCAUUCAGAUUUCUUUGUCCUUGCUAAGAGCGGCAGCAGAGGGAAGGAAGCAGUGCUUCACCAGUCUGAGAGUGCGAAUGCGGCUCCAAGAUGUGUUACAUCUGAGUUUAAAAGUAUGACUCAAAAGCUGUCAGGCUGAUUUUAAAAGCAAAACUCAGGUCAAGGAAAUGGCACGGUCUUCAUCUCCGGUGUCUCUUGGUGGUUCUCUUCCACACCUGCUCACUUAUCUUUAUUCCUGCAAAGCCUUUACUUGCGCCCUGAGAGCCACGUGCCCUCUGUGCCCAAACACCAGAUGAAUGUGGAGGCAAUGGGGAGCUCCUGUGCACCCGUGUUACCCAGCCUGCAGAGCACCAGCACUGGCCCAUCAAGCAUCCCUCACAUCUGGUGGCAGCCAGGUGCCUGCUUUUCACAGGCCCUAUUGAAAAUCCCAGCCAUGGUUAUGGUCCUCUUGCUGUUUGUCACGGAGCUGUUGGUUGCAUUUUUCUUCUUCUCUUUCGUUGCAGUUGCUCAUCUGCAACAGCUUUGUUUCCCCCAUUAGGCAGUGAGGGAAUGGCUUUCUUUGCUGUGCUCAGCUUUUGCUAUUUUACUUAAAUUCUCCUUCUUGCCUGUAAUGAAGUUAUUUCCAUAAUGGGAGGCCGGAGGGAGUGUCAGAAAGACACACUGCUCUGUACAGCGACAAUACAAGCACUCUGAUGGCUUUCUGGAACACAUCCGCACCCUCAGUUACCAAGCAUUAUACAUUCACCAUGCCUGCAGUUUCCAAUUUGUUGCUUUUGAGUUGUCACCAUGGAGAAUAAAAGCAGGAAAAGCUA